UAACAAACGUGUCUCUUCGGUACGUUUUUAGGAAUUGUUCUCCUUUGCCUUUUCCUUCCCCCAGGCGGAAGGGGGAGCUGGGAUUCCCCGUGUGAUCAGGCUGACCCCUUGUGCCGCCUUUCAGCGUUUCCCAGGGCGGGAAUUCCCUCCCUUUUCCCUUCAGGCUGUCCUUCCCCUUGCUCUUUGAUGGGGUUUGUUGUUUGUUUUUUUUUUUCAGGAUUUCCUGCUGAGUCAGUGGAGGAGGAACCAGGCCGAGCCCUGCCGUGCCCGGCAGCCCUUCCCGCGCCGCUGGCUGCGGGCAGCGCUGCCUCUCGGUGCCGCUCACGACUGGCGCCUUCUCUGGGGGAAGCCCGAGAGAUGCCAAGCCCGGAGUCACGUUUUUAUCGAGGGGAGGGCAGAUUUCACCCCCCGACCGUGCAUUUCAGGAGCCUCAAACCUGUUGGUGUUGCUGUUCCAGCUGCACGGGAGGGUCCCCCCGGACCCCCCAUCAGCGCGGAGGGGCUGGGGGCCAGCUCGGGGUGUCCCUCCUCUGUAGCGGCAUCCCCCCUCCUCUUCAGCAGGCCCCCCCCAGAAGCGCUCCCCGUCCCCUCAGGGGCUGCGGGAGCCCCCGCGUUCCCCCCCGGGCAGGGGCUGCGGGGCCCGAUCCCGCUCCCGCAGGGCCGCGCCGAGGGGGCGGCACCCACCUCGUCGCCCCGCCCCCUCGCCCCGCCCCUCAGCCAAUGGGCGAGCCCCGACGUGGCUACUGCCCAAUCAGGCGGCGGUCACGUGUAAUGUGGGGCAGGCCCCGCCCCCUCCCGUUUCCUGCGGGUCACGUGGCGCGGGCCCGGCGUUGCCUUGGCAGCGGCGGCGGCGGCGGCGGCAGCUCCCGGGCCGGGCACCCGCUGGGCCCGCCAACCGGCCCGAUAACUGGCUGAAAAGUAUUUCCAGAGUGAAACUGGUUAUGAUACAGCAUGUGUAAGAUGGUCCUUUGGUCUUGUGUUCCAGCCCUUGGAGCCCUCCACCCAGUCUCUCCAUGUCUGUAGCCAGCAAGCAUUUCUCUCACCAUGACUUCUGAGUUAAACGUUCCAGUGGAUCCUUCCACUCCUGCUUGCUGCUCUGAACCUGGCACAAAAGGCAUGGAUUACCGGGACUGGGUCCGGCGCAGCUACCUGGAACUGGUCACAUCAAACCACCACUCUGUCCAGGCCUUGUCCUGGAGGAAAUUGUACCUGAGCCGAGCCAAACUGAAAGCUUCCAGCAGGACUUCUGCUCUGCUCUCUGGAUUUGCCAUGGUUGCCAUGGUGGAGGUGCAGCUGGAGGUGCAGUACAAGUACCCCCAGAUGCUGCUGAUCGCUUUCAGCGCCUGCACGACGGUACUCGUGGCAGUUCAUCUCUUUGCCCUCCUCAUCAGCACCUGCAUCCUGCCCAACGUGGAAGCAGUGAGCAACAUCCACAACCUGAACUCCAUCAGUGAGUCCCCCCACGAGCGCAUGCACCCCUACAUCGAGCUGGCCUGGGGCUUCUCCACCGUCCUGGGGAUCCUCCUGUUCCUUGCUGAAGUCGUGCUCCUCUGCUGGAUCAAAUUCCUACCUGUGGGCUCCAUCCUGAAAAAUGAGACCACCAACGUGGAGAAGCCCAGCGGCCACGCGGGCUGGCAGUCGGCGCUGGUCUCCACCAUCAUCAUGGUCCCAGUGGGUCUGAUUUUUGUCGUCUUCACCAUCCACUUCUACCGCUCCCUGGUGCGGCACAAAACCGAGCGGCACAACCGGGAGAUCGAGGAGCUCCACAAACUGAAAGUGCAGCUGGAUGGGCACGACAGAGGCAUGCAGGUCGUGUGACAGGGAGGCAGAGGCUGCUGCCAGCAGAGCUGCUCAGCUGAGGCUGAGAGCAAUGUUCCCUGUUUGGGUGAGACACACCACUGAUGGAUUGUCUUGAGGCUUCCAUGUGUAAACGCUCAUUGCCUGCCAUAUAUAGCUGUGGGUGCUAGUGCUGUUACAGGUGCUGGGAGCUCUGACCUGGUUCUGGUCCUACACACUUGCCUGCUUAAGUCAACACUGCCAUGGAGUUCAAGGUCUCAAAACUUCAUCUACCUUAACAUUGGUCUGGGUAGUCAAAAAUCUGGAUUUUUAUUAUUAUUUUUUUUUACCAACAAUAUUCUGUUGCCAAAAGUAAAACUGCAUCUGCUGUCCAAAAAGUGUGUGUGUGUGUGUAGGACCUGUCUUAGGUGUCAGAAUUCCCUGGCUGGUCAGUGCAGCAGCAGCUGGUUCUAGACCUGAGCUGGUUAAUGAAAGUAUCUGCAGCUGACUUGAGGACAUCCAGGAAAGCCCAACAGAAACUGUGAGUGUUGAUCACCUUUCUUCCAAAGCAAGUGUUCCAUAAAUACAUAACCAGAAAAAAAAAAAAAAUCAGCCUUUAGCUUAUAUGUUAUUUUCUUGCUAUUGCUUGCUUUAUUUUUACAGCUGGGGAGGUAAAAUUUCAAAUUGGAGGAAGCUGGGAAGUUCUAUCAUUUCUUUUUCAGCAGCAUCUGUCACUUCAGAUUGAGUGAAUGCCAAGAUCAUGUGUUUUUUUUCCCAAUAAGAGACAAGAGUGCCCAGGGAAAGCUUAAAGGUGUUUUAAUUUUAACAAGGACGUUCCUAAAACAGAACAGUGACAGGGAAUUUAAUGGACAAAACUUUGAAGGACUAGAAAAGCAAGUUUCAAGGAAGUAAGGAGUGACAGCAUUUAGCAUUUUUUCUACCAGUCUCUCACUAGGUCAUCUUCAUUUAUCUAUUGUUGCAAAGUCUUUUGCCUGGUUUGCAGGUGGGAACAAGCCCCAAUCCUGUGUGUUUCAUCAUUGUUUGUUGAGGUGGGUUUUUUUGCCAGCUGCAGCAUUUUUCUGUCAAAAAUCAGUGCUUCCUCCUCCUUCCACCAAAACAGGCAGCUCCUCUGGUGGAACCUGGAGUCUGAGGGAGCUGGAGCCAGGAGGGCCAUGUGUCAUUAAAGAGCUAUCAUGUUUUAUCUGAGCUGACUCUCUUUUUGCAGCAGCAGCAGCAGAGAAAAUGACACUUGCACGUUUGUCUCCCUUGGCAAGGGAAGCUUGUGGAUUCCAUAGCAUCCUUUUAGGUGAAAACUUCUGUAAAAAAGGAUUUUAUAUUUAUGGUAGCUUUGUGGAGGGGAAAAGAGUGGUUUGUGAUCAUCAGCUCUUUUAAGGGAAAGUGAGGCUUUCUGCCACCCCGGGCUGAAAGAAGCCCAAGUACAUUUUCUUGGCCCUGAUCCUUUGCUGAUUUCCUGCUCUGCACUCAAACAUUGCAGUUGCAGAGUCUCCCAGGCCUUACAGGUUUCUGGAAUCAUUAAGGAUGUUUGUAAUGUUCUAUUUAACCCCAGUACCCUUAUUCCCCUGGGAUUUGAGCUAUCUAACAGCAGCAUAUUACAUGUCAGCUUCCCAGAAUCGAGAGCACACACCAAUCCCAGUGCAGCAGGGUGAGACCAUCCCUAUAUUCCUCUCUGGCUUGGGCCCUAGAAACCCAACUCUCAUCUCUCUUGUUUACAGGCAAGGUUGAACAUUGCUGAACAAGUUGCUUAGCACUGUGUCUGUGGCUUUCAUCUGUUGGUCUUGCUGCAGUUGGCAUCUACCAUAUGGGCUGGUGUGCAGCAAAGAAAAUACUCUUUGUGUGCUAAAUGACUCGUCUGUCCUCGUGCACCUAUGCAAAAAAUAAGGAGUGUCCUCCAGGAAGUGGGUGGUCAUGAUAUUCAUAUGGUCCCCCCAGGAGUCUGCCCUCUCUCCCUUCUCUUUUUUACCAUAAUAAAAUGUAAAGGUUUGUAUGACAAAAA